AUGGCUACCAAAUCGGAGCCGCAAAACCCAGAUUCUGGAGGGUCUUCUGGAGCAUCACCAGUCAGUGCAGUAGCUUUGAAACUCCCACCGUAUUGGCCCAACGACCCGGUGAUAUGGUUCGCACAAGUUGAGGCGCAGUUUCUUACCCGGGGCAUCAAAUCGGAGCUCACGAAAUACUCGUACGUGAUCGCAUCUCUACAACCAUCCAUUGCGCAGGAAGUAAGGGACUUGUUAGUCAACCCACCGGCUGAUAACCCAUAUUCCAAACUGAAGGAGGAGCUCAUCAAACGCACUAGCGAGUCGGAGCGAAAGCGCCUCCAAAAACUGUUGACUACAGAAGAGCUUGGAGAUAAGAAGCCCUCGCAGUUACUUCGCACCAUGGAACAACUCCUCGGCAAUAACACACUGGAGCCUGCAAUCCUGAAGCAGUUGUUCAUGCAACGCCUGCCAACAAACAUCCAAUUGAUCUUGGCCUCGACAAGCGACGUCGACAUCGCACAACUCGCUAAGCUCGCGGACAAAAUCGUUGAAGUUUCCCCGUCACCAGCUCAGGCCUGUGCUGCCGUUCCAGCACCAGCACUUGUUGCUGCAGUCAAGCCAUCUGCUGCAUCGGAGAUACAGUUGCUUCAAGCUCAAGUCGAAAAGCUCACGGCCCAGAUGGAGUUGUUGGUGCGCCAGAACCAGUAUCAACACGGUCGGUCGAGGAGCCGCAGUCGCGACCAAAGCCAGCACAGACGCGAUCGCAGUUCUUCUGCGUCGGGGGACAACCCUACUGAUUCCUGCUGGUACCAUUGGAAAUACGGGGACAAAGCUCGUAACUGCAAGGAACCAUGCAACUACACACGCAACCACAGUUCCAACACGGCCCAGGGAAACCAGCAGGCCAGCGGAUAG